UCAACACCCAAUUUCAUUACUCGAUCACCCUUCCUUGAUAAUUUGAAUACCUAUUUUCAUGACAUAAUCGCCCAUAUAGAUAAGCUGAACAUCCAUUUUUAUAGAGGAACUGCAAUUUAUAAUAACUUGUGAAGUAUUGUUCUUCAAUGAUCUGAUCAUAUAAUUUUUUGUGGAAGGGCUAUUUUCAUGAUACCCUGAACCUCCAUUAUAGGAGGAUUUGUUUUAUACCGACAUUUGGAUCCUUGCGUGGGUUCAGAUUGUAUUUGGGGGGUCAAUGGUUUGCAAAGGAUCCUUUUUUGUUAUGAAGUUAUUACUAUUGGUGCCUCCCAUAUGUGCUUUCUGUUGGCACAAGGAAAUGGAAUUGUGGCUCAUGAGUAUUGAGCAACAGUCAUGGUUUGCAUUAUUGAUAUUGUUUACAUCACUCUUAAUGUUGUUUGGUGGGCUUGUGGGCAGCUUGUUGAAUUAUAUGCUUCCUAUGAGGAGGUUGGUUUCCACUGUGGAGGAAGAUAGUGAGAAUUCAUUGAAAAGGCAAAAGAUAGACAGCAUUAAUGGUUUUGCAAACAGGGACAAUCAGACUGUGGCCGAAGGGAAUGUUGAUAUUGAUGAGAACUUACAUAGCAGGCAGUUAGCAGUUUAUGGACGGGAGACAAUGCAGCGACUGCAUGGUGCGAAAGUUCUUAUAUCUGGCCUACAAGGGCUUGGUGCUGAAGUGGCAAAGAACCUUAUAUUAGCUGGUGUGAAAUCUGUCACAUUACAUGAUGAGGGGGUCGUUGAAAUGUGGGACUUAUCUAGCAAUUUUUUAUUUACAGAAAAUGAUAUAGGAAAAAACAGAGCACUUGCUUCUGUAAAAAAGUUGCAAGAGUUGAAUACUUCUGUUGUUGUCUUCACCUGGACUUCGAAGAUAUCUAAAGAACAGCUAUCUAACUUCCAGGCAGUAGUUUUCACACAAAUAGACUAUGAAAGAGCUAUUGAAUUUAGUGAUUACUGUCAUAGUCACAACCCUUCAAUCCCUUUUAUCAAGGCAGAAAUUCGUGGACUGUUUGGAAGUGUGUUUUGUGACUUUGGACCUGAAUUCACUGUUUUUGAUGAGAAGGGUGAGGAGCCACACACUGGUAUAGUUGCAUCUAUCACCAAUGAUAAUCCUGCCAUUGUUUCAUUUGUUGAGGAUGAGAGGUCGGACUUCCAGGAUGGAGAUUUGGUUGUGUUUACUGAAGUUGAAGGUAUGACUGAACUUAAUGAUGGCAAACCAAGAAAGAUAAGGAGUUCAAAACCUUAUGGAUUUGUUCUUGAGGAAGACACAAGAAACUUUGGUGCCUAUGAGAAAGGUGGAAUUGUAACAGAGGUUCUUCAACCAAAGGUAUUGCAUUUUAAGACAUUAAAGGAGGCUCUUAAAGACCCUGGUGAAUUUCUUAUUAGUGAUUUCUCGAAGUUUGAUCGCUCUCCAUUGUUGCACUUGGCAUUUCAAGCUCUAAACGAGUUUGUAAGAGAAUUUGGGCGCUUUCCUGUUGCUGCUUCGGUGGAAGAUGCUACCAAGUUAGUGUCAUUUGCAAAAUUUAUAAAUGAAACUUCAAGUGACAGAAAAUUGGACAGACUUGAUGAAAAUGUUUUGAGAAUAUUUGCAAGUGGUUCCCGUGCAUUAUUGAAUCCCAUGGCAGCAAUGUUUGGUGGAAUUACUGGGCAAGAGGUUAUUAAAGCUUGUUCAGGGAAGUUUCAUCCAAUUUUUCAGUUCUUUUACUUUGAUUCAGCAGAGUCUCUUCCAGUAUGCGCCCUUAGGCCAGAAGAUGUUAUGCCCUUAAACUGUCGAUAUGAUGCUCAGAUUUCUGUUUUUGGAAGAGAGAUGCAGCAGAAAUUGGAGAAAGCCAAAAUAUUUGUUGUUGGAGCUGGUGCUCUAGGAUGCGAGUUCUUAAAAAAUUUAGCUCUAAUGGGAGCUUCAUGUGGAAAUCAAGGGAAGUUAACUAUAACAGAUGAUGAUGUUAUUGAGAAAAGUAACCUUAGCAGGCAGUUCCUUUUUCGAGACUGGAAUAUCGGUCAGGCUAAAUCAACAGUUGCAGCAUCUGCAACAACUGAAAUCAAUCCUUGUUUACAGAUUGAAGCAUUGCAAAGCCGUGUAUCUCCAGCCACCGAGAACAUAUUUGACAAUACAUUCUGGGAGAAUGUGGGAGUCGUAAUAAGUGCACUUGACAAUAUUGAUGCAAGGCUUUAUAUAGAUCGCAGAUGUGUCUAUUUUCAGAAACCUAUGCUAGAAUCUGGAACUCUAGGAACCAAGUGCCACACACAAGUGGUCAUUCCUCAUCUGACUGAAAACUAUGGAGCUUCAAGAGAUCCUCCAGAGAAGCAGAUGCCUAUGUGCACUCUUCACUACUUUCCACAUAAUAUUGAACAUUGUCUUGCAUGGGCAAGAUCUGAGUUUGAAGGUCUGCUGGAGAAAAAACCAUCUGAUGUAAAUGCAUUCCUUUCUAAACCAAAAGAGUUUAUUACAUCUAUUAGGUUGAGAAGUGAUCCACAGGUUCGUAAUCUUCUCGAGCGUGUACUUGAGUGUCUGGUGUCUGAAAGAUGCUUGACAUUUGAAGAUUGUGUAGCUUGGUCCAGAAAAAAAUUCGAGGACUACUUUGCAAAUCGUGUGAUGCAACUCACAUACCAAUUUCCAAAGAAUGCCAAGACAUCUGAAAAUACCCCAUUCUGGGCUGCUCCUAAGCGCUUUCCAAAUCCCCUGCAGUUCUCAUCCAGUGAUCCUGCUCACCUUUCAUUUGUUGCUGCAGCCUCAAUUUUGCGAGCACAAACCUAUGGUAUUCCAAUUCCAAAAUGGGCUACCGACUCAAAGAAAUUAGCAGAGGUUGUGGACAAAGUGCAAGUUCCAGAUUUCAAGCCAGAAAAGGGAGUUAAAAUUGUGACAGAUGAAAGUGCCACAAACAUUAAUUCUAAGGACAAAGAUGGUGGUGCAGAUACUGAGAAUAUGAUUCAGAUGCUAGAGGAAGGAGUUAGACUGUUGCCUCCAGGAUUUCAAAUGAAUCCAAUUUUGUUUGAAAAGGAUGAUGAUACAAAUUAUCAUAUGGAUCUUAUAGUGGGACUUGCUAAUAUGCGUGCAAGGAAUUAUAAUAUUCCAGAGGUGGACAGGUUAAAAGCUAAAAUCAUAGCUGGGAAAAUUAUUCCUGCUAUUGCCACUACAACUGCAAUGGCAACUGGUUUAGUGUGCUUAGAACUAUACAAGCUUCUUUCCGGCCAUAAUGUUGAAAAAUAUCGCAACACUUUUGCAAACUUGGCACUGCCUCUAUUCUCCAUGGCUGAACCUGUCCCGCCCAAGAAAAUAAAGCACAGAAAUCUUAGCUGGACCCUUUGGGACCGAUGGAUAAUUCAACAGAAUUUGACCAUACAAGAGCUCCUAGAAUGGUUCCAAGUCAAAGGUUUAACAGUAUAUGUAAUAUCAUGGGAGAAUGUUUUACUUUACAAUGCGUUUUUUCCAAAGCAUAGGGAAAGGCUUAGUCAGAAGGUGAUAGAUCUCGUGAAAGAUACAGGAAAGUUGGAAAAACCUUCCAGUCGUCAUUGUAUUGAUUUGGAAGUUGUCUGUGAAGAUGAGAAGGGAAAUAAUGUUGAUGUUCCUGGGGUCUCUGUUUGCUGCAGUUAAAAACUGUCCCCAAAUAUUAACGGAUUAAUGUAAUAUAAUUUUUCUUGUCUGGAGUCUUUGAUUGAAUAAUUUUUUUUAUCUCUGCACAGAUCUAGAGGUGAACUCCGUCUAUUGUUGCUACAAGUCGGUUGUCAAUGUUUCCAUAUUUACUAAGCAUGAAUUCUUUGCUGUAAAGGCCCAUACAUUGGCUAUUUUGAAGUUCUAAAGAAAUGAUUAAGGAAUAAUUCCAAGUA